AUGAGGUCUUAUAUGACCAGGCUCAGCAUCGUUCACAUAUUAUAUCCUGUACAGAGAGAGGUCCGAGUAUCGUUAUGGUUGAUCAGUGUUGUAAAAAGCGGCAAAAAGCGGGGCUAUCGCGGCGCAAAUCGCGGAAGCGGGGCUGAUAGUGAUGUAUGGCCUCGAAGAUGUGAGGAGUUGUUAGGUGUAGCUCCAGAGACUAUGCCUAGAGGAACUAUUAAGUUGAAGUGGUUGAGAGAGACCUUCUCAGUACCGUUGCCUGUUGAUGCCCCACAAAUUUUGGUUGACCAACAUGCACGUGCAUACAUUAUGCACAUGAUUGGUACUAUAUUAUUUCCAGAUUCAAGUAAAGAUAAAGUGCAUGCGAGGUGGUUACCACUCCUCGAGGACUUGGACGUAUGUGGUACAAAAUCGUGGGGUAGUGCUGUUUUGGCGUAUUUAUAUAGAGAGAUGUCAAAAGUGGCACUUAUGCAAAACAGUGAGCUUAAAGGGUGUCUAAGCUUAUUGCAAGUAUGGGCAUGGGAGAGACUUCAUUUGAAGCCAAGACUAUGCACGCAUUUACAAUUAGAUGGACAAAUUCCACUGGGAUGCAGAUGGAAUGUCGAAAAAUGCUAUGACGAGACCCCGGCUAGACAAUUGGAUUUCUACCGGAAUGAGCUUGACCGUAUGAAGAUUUUUCAGAUGGAAUGGGAGCCCUACACCCAAUUUCUACCUCAGCUACCCCCAAUAUGCACAGAAUACCAAGUUGUAUGGAGAGCUAGAGUUCCUCUUAUAUGUUUGGAGAUAGUAGAAAUGCAUGUACCGGACCGCGUGCUUCGACAAUAUGGUCUUGCACAACAUGUUCCGCAGUUUGUUGAAAAGAUAGAGAGGAAGGCAAAGAAAGGAGGCCAACAAAUAAACUGGAUGAUCGUGCAUCAAGCUUUUAUACACAAAUGGAAUGAUAGGCAUUUUUGUAUUGUCAACCAAAUUGAACCAACUCCUCGGGAAUCAGAUUACUACACUUGGUAUUGGGACAUAACCCGAAGAUGGAUACUUCAUUCGACCACAAUACCGGUUGAGUCGCAAAGAGGAUAUGUGCCCCGGGGUAUAGAUGAGAGAGAAUUAGUAUCAGCAAUAGAUGAAGUUCAAACUCUUGCAAAUCGUGGCUUGGAAUUGGCUAGAGCAGGUACGAUAAAAUUAAAUCUCAAAUUUACAUUCUGUAAUAUCAAAUUUAAUAUGAAAUUUUGUUUUUGA